ACGUCUUUUUUCCUCAAUGAAAUAGUCAAGCAACUUGCAAGCAGAGCUGAGAGUGAGAGGCUGGAGACAAGCACUUGUUUAGAGAGAGAAAGGAUCAGGCAUCCUUUCUGCUCGUGAAUCCAAGUUUCUUCCCUCCCCAUUGCUGCUGAGGACGCAACUCCAGGAAGAUGAAAUACAUCAUAGGUAUAGGGGGCGUGACCAACGGUGGCAAAACCACUUUGACCAACCGGCUUAUCAAAGCACUUCCAAACUGUUGCGUUGUCCAUCAGGAUGAUUUUUACAAGCCACAAGAUCAGAUAGAAGUCGGGGAAGACGGCUUUAAACAAUGGGAUGCGCUGGAAUCGCUGGAUAUGGAUGCAAUGCUGAGCACGGUGCAGGCGUGGAUUGAGGAGCCAAGGAAGUUUGCCCGCGCCCAUGGGGUGAACGUUAGGCCUAACUCUAAAGAACCCGUCCCAGCGGAGAUCCACAUCCUCGUCAUUGAAGGCUUCCUGCUUUACAAUUACAAACCACUGACUGACUUGUUCAACAAACGCUACUAUCUGACAGUUCCCUAUGACGAAUGCAAGAGGAGGAGGAGUACACGCCAUUAUCCUAUACCUGACCCACCUGGUCUUUUCGAUGGACACGUGUGGCCCAUGUAUUUAAAAUACAGGAAGGAAAUGGAGACCCAUGAGGUUGAUGCUGUUUAUCUGGAUGGAUUGAAGUCCAGAGAUGACCUGUGCCAUCAGGUCUUCGAAGAGAUUCAGAACAUGCUUUUCAAUUGUUCAUAGGGAAAUAUACCUCUGCUUCUCUGUGUAUUGGUUGACCCCACUGAAACAGCACACGCCUUCCAUCCUCGGGGAUUAUUUUCUUGCUUUUCAGGGUCUAAGGAGAGCUAACGAUCCAGAUUUGAUGUAAAUAGUACUUUAGAGAUUAGAAGAUGGAUAAACCCUACAGAAUUCUGUGUAAACCAGUCACAUACUGUCCUUUGGAAAAGCUCUUAUGUAUAUAAUUGAAAAAAAAAUGGAGAAGUAAUUUACAACUCAGCCACAGACAGUUUUUUGUAUUCCACUGGUUUAAAUAUGUAACGGUUUAAGAUGCAUUUUUAUAACGAAACACGAAACAGUCAGAAAACCA